AUGGAUUUGAGUUACAAGAUGCGGGAGGAUUGGUAUCAUCAUGGAGAAGUAAUAUCAGGUCCUCACUGUGGAAGCAAUGCAAGCGAGAGGAAGAAAGAGAUUUUAGGGCUAUACCAAGCUGCUGAGUUUCUGGAUGAAGAAUUUCUUAGGCAGUGUGAUCAAAGUGAGGUUGCUGAAGGUGAAGAUGAGGAAGAAGAUCAGUUUCUUGCUAAGCUAGCAGAUGCAGAAACACCUCUGUAUCCAAAUUGUGGUAACCACAGCAAGCUGUCGGCGAUAGUUUCACUCUUUCGGAUAAAGACACGGAGUGGUUGGUCUGAUAGAAGCUUCGAUCUUUUGCUUGAGACUUUGCCACAGAUGCUUCCCGAGGAGAAUGUCUUGCACACAUCCUUGUACGAAGUGAAAAGGUUCCUGAGAUCUUUUGAUAUGGGAUAUGAGAAGAUACACGCUUGUGUGAACGACUGUUGUCUGUUCAGAAAGGAGUUUGAGAAGCUAGACAACUGUCCGAAAUGCAAUGCUUCAAGAUGGAAGAUUAACAUGUGCACAGGUGAUGUGAAGAAAGGAAUUCCACAGAAAGUUCUCAGGUAUUUUCCGAUAAUUCCACGUCUGAAGAGGAUGUUCAGGUCAGAGGAAAUGGCGAAGGACUUAAGGUGGCAUUUUACUAACAAGAGCAGUGAUGGAAAAAGCAGACAUCCGGUAGACUCUGUUACUUGGGAUCAGAUGAAUGACAAAUACCCAUUAUUUGCCGCUGAGGAAAGGAAUCUUAGGCGUGGACUGUCCACUGAUGAGUUCAAUCCUUUCAACAUGAAGAAUGUGAACUACAGUGCUUGGCCGGUUUUGCUAAUGAAUUACAACAUGUCACCUGAAAAGUGUAUGAAGGAGGAGCACAUCAUGUUGUCAUUGCUGAUUCCUGGUCCAACCCAACCUGGAAAUAAUAUUGAUGUGUACCUAGAACCACUUAUAGAGGAUCUACAGCAUCUAUGGGAGGAAGGAGAGGUAACAUAUGAUGCAUUCAGUCACACCACUUUCACGUUAAGAGCAAUGCUUCUUUGGACAAUUCAGGAUUUUCCUGCGUAUGGAAAUCUUGCAGGAUGUAAAGUUAAGGGAAAAAUGGGAUGUCCUGUGUGUGGGAAACACACAGAUAGUAUGUGGCUGAGUAACUGCAGGAAGCACAUAUAUAUGUCCCAUCGAAAAGGUCUACCUCCGAGACAUGCUUAUCGAGGAAAGAAAUCAUGCAAGAGGAAGAUUGAAGAGUCUGUUGGGUCUGAGUCCAAUACAGAAGACGAAUCCAGUGAAUCAGAGGAAGAGGAAGAAGUAGUGGAUGAGGAGGAGCUAUCUAGAUGGAAGAAGAGGUCAAUCUUUUUCAAUCUGCCUUAUUGGGAGGAUCUCCCGGUUAGGCACAAUUUAGAUGUGAUGCACGUGGAAAGAAAUGUUGCUGCAAGCCUUGUUGCAACGUUGUUGCAUUGUGGAAAAUCAAAAGAUGGGCUUAACGCUAGAAAAGAUCUAGAACUGCUUGGCAUUAGGAAGGAUUUACAUCCUCAGCCCCGUGGGAAGAGAACUUACCUUCCUCCAGCUCCUUGGUCUUUGUCCAGCAAAGAGAAGAAAGUAUUCUGCAAGCGUCUAUUGGACUUUAGAGGACCGGAUGGGUACUGCUCAAAUAUAUCAAGGUGUGUCAAGAUAGAAGAAUGUAAGAUAUCAGGGAUGAAAUCACAUGAUUACCAUGUGUUGAUGCAACAGCUUCUUCCCGUUGCGAUUAGAGGUUUAUUACCUAAAGGUGUUAGGUUAGCUAUCAGACGUCUUUGUGCUUUCUUCCAUCAUCUCUGUCAGCGAGUUAUUGAUAGAGAGACAAUUUCGAGAAUGGAAACAGAAAUUGUGGAAACUCUGUGCAUGUUUGAGAGGUUUUUUCCUCCAAGUUUCUUCGAUAUAAUGGUGCAUUUGGUAGUUCAUCUAGGAAGGGAAGCUCGGUUAUGUGGACCUGUCCAUUUCCGUUGGAUGUACCCAUUUGAGAGGUAUAUGAAAGUACUGAAAGAUUUUGUAAGAAACACAGCAAGACCAGAGGGUUGUAUCGCUGAAGCGUAUCUCGCAGAGGAAUGUGUGAGGUUCUGCAGUGAGUUCUUGAAGAAGACAACAAGUUCUGUGGAGAAACCUGAAAGGAAUACUGAGUUCGAGAGCAGCUCUAUUCUGGAGGGUCGUCCAAUAUCCGCUGGCACUUGUUGUGUUCUCUCGGAGAAGGAUCUCGCAAUUGUUCAUCUUGCUGUGAUUCAGAAUAUGGCAAUCGUCGAACCUUAUGUGGACAUGCACCUACAACAUCUACAAGACACUAAUGAAAGAUGUAGACGUGAUGCAACAACGUUGUGGAAAACCCAUACACAGAAAUUUGCGUCUUGGUUAAAAGAGCAGAUACCAAUUACUUCAGAGAAUCACGAAGAAACAAUGAAGUGGUUGGCCUACGGUCCUCGUUCAAGCACAAGGUCUUACACUGGCUAUAUCAUUAACAGUCUGCGGUUUCACACCAUUUCAGUUGACAGGCAAACUCAGAACAGUGGUGUUGUGUAUGAGGCAACAGCUAUGUGUCGAUCAAGUGCAAAAGACACUUCUCAGAUGGUAGAUUUAGUAACUUACUAUGGUAGAGUGGUGGAUAUUCUACUCAUCGACUACAACACAUUCUACAUUCCUGUAUUCCGUUGUCUAUGGGCAAACGUAGGUAAUGGAGUGAAGGUCGAAGAUGGCUUCACACUAGUAAACCUGAACCAAAGCCAAAUGGCUUUUGUUAGGGAUCCAUACAUCCUCGCCUCACAAGCCAAGCAAGUAUUUUAUUCCAGAGUAGAUGAGUCAUCCACUUGGUUUGUAGCUAUGCGAGGUCCUACAAGAAGAUAUAGUGAAGAGGAUGCUGAAGAUGGUCAUGCAGAUGUUGGUCCAUUGGCAGCAGUGGUAGACAUGGAUGUUGAUGACUCGGUUGAUGAUUCUAGGAAUGUCAGGGCUGACUGUGAAGGCUUUUAUGUUUGA